AAAGCUGGGCUCUGGUGGUCUCUCUAUGGCAGUACAGACAUCUAGACGGGAAGCAGGAAGCGGAGAAGGGCAUCGAAAAAGAGGAGGAGAGAGACCAUAGAUAUAUCUAUGAGAGAGACAACUGGGCUCGGAAAGAUCGGCACUGCUGAUUGUUUAUAGGAGCUCGGUAAACACAACCUUCAGCCAUGGGAAAAGGAGGAGGCGCGUUCGAAAGGCUUCUUGAUAAAGCCACCAGCCAGCUACUCCUGGAGACGGAUUGGGAAUCCAUUUUGCAGAUAUGCGACCUUAUUCGCCAAGGAGAUGCCCAAGCUAAAUAUGCUAUUGGCGCCAUCAAGAAGAAACUCAAUGACAAGAACCCUCAUGUGGCCCUUUAUGCUUUAGAGGUUCUGGAGUCUGUUGUAAAGAACUGUGGCCAAACAGUGCAUGAUGAGGUGGCAAGCAAACAAACUAUGGAGGAACUGAAGGAUCUCCUUAAGCAGUCUGAACCAAGUGUACGGAACAAGAUUCUCUACCUAAUCCAGGCCUGGUCACACGCCUUCCGCAACGAGCCCAAAUACAAAGUGGUCCAGGAUACCUACCAGAUCAUGAAGGUGGAAGGUCAUGUUUUCCCUGAAUUUAAAGAGAGUGAUGCCAUGUUUGCAGCUGAGAGGGCUCCUGACUGGGUUGAUGCAGAGGAGUGCCACCGGUGCAGAGUCCAGUUCGGAGUCAUGACAAGAAAGCAUCACUGUCGGGCAUGUGGACAGAUCUUCUGUGGGAAAUGUUCCUCCAAGUACUCCAGCAUCCCCAAGUUCGGAAUAGAGAAGGAAGUUCGGGUCUGUGAGCCCUGCUUUGAACAGCUCAACAAAAAAGCUGAAGGCAAGGCUGCUGGCUCUUCGGAGCUGCCCCCCGAGUACCUAACCAGCCCGCUAUCUCAGCAGUCACAGGUAGUGGUUGGUGGCUCAAUGCCCCCGAAACGUGACGAGGCUGCCUUGCAGGAGGAGGAGGAGCUGCAGCUCGCUAUCGCCCUGUCCCAGUCUGAGGCAGAGGAGAAGGAUCGGAUGGUCUGUAGGCAGAAGCCCACAUAUUCUGUAUACCCGAAAGCUGACCCCACCCCAGUGACAUCAUCAGCCCCGCCAGUUAGCACUCUGUACACUUCUCCUGUGAACUCUUCUGCUCCAGCUGCUGAAGAAAUAGAUCCAGAGCUUGCACGGUACCUGAACAGGACCUACUGGGAAAAGAAGCAGGAGGAGGUUCGGAAGAGCCCCACCCCUUCCGCUCCUGUGCCCGUGGCUGAGCCUAUCACAAUCAGCCAGCCUGUGGAGGCUCACCCAGCACCUCCUAUCAACGUUGUGGAGCAGCAGUACCAGAACGGGGAGUCAGACGAGAAUCAUGAGCAGUUCCUGAAGGCGCUGCAGAAUGCCGUCCCCACCUUCCUCAACCGCAUGAAGAGCAACCACAUGAGGGGGCGCAGCAUCACCAACGACAGUGCUGUGCUCUCCCUCUUCCAGUCCAUCAACAACAUGCACCCCCAGCUGCUGGACCUGCUCAACCAACUCGAUGAGAAGCGAUUGUACUACGAGGGUCUACAGGACAAGCUGGCACAGGUCCGCGAUGCCCGCGGGGCUCUGAAUGCUCUGCGGGACGAGCAUCGUGAGAAACUGCGCUGUGCUGCUGAGGAGGCUGAGCGCCAGAGGCAGAUCCAGCUCGCUCAGAAACUGGAGAUCAUGAGGCAGAAGAAGCAGGAGUACCUGGAGAUGCAGAGGCAGCUGGCGAUUCAGCGGCUGCAGGAACAGGAGAAGGAGAGACAGAUGCGGCUGGAGCAGCAGAAACAGACCAUUCAGAUGAGGGCCCAGAUGCCAACCUUCUCUCUACCCUACGCACAGGUCUGUCCACAGAGCUGCUGGGAACUGGGUAACCCAAUUCGCAAUAGCCUGACUGACUGUGUUUGCCCUCUCCAGUUGCAGUCGCUGCCCGCUGCCGGGGGUGUGAUGUACCAGCCCUCUGGCCCCACCAGUUACCCUGGCUCAGUGGAGGGCUCGCCAAUGCACACUGUCUACAUGAACCAGCCAGCACAGUCUGGCACUGCGCCGUACCCAGGAAUGCCUGUGCCUGGCACUGACCCAAACAUGGUCGGUGCGUACAUGUACCAGACAGCAGCCUCCACUGGGCAGACAACUCAGCAGGGCCAGGCUGUGCCCACCACAAACCCAGCCUACUCCAACUACCAGCCAACACCCACACAGGGAUACCAGAGUGUGCCAUCCCAGUCUCAAAACAUUCCUCCAAUAUCCCAGCCUCCCCAGUCCAGUGGGAUGGGGUACAUGGGGCCACAGUCUGUGCCCAUGGGAUACCAGCCCUAUAACAUGCAGAAUAUGAUGUCUGCCCUGCCUGGCCAGGACCCCAACAUGCCUCCACAGCAGCCCUACAUACCGGGUCAGCAACCCAUGUACCAACAGAUGGCGCCCCCUGGUGGCCCGCAACAACAGAUGCAACAGCAGAUGCUGCAGCAGCAGCAGCAGCAGCAACAGCAUGGAGGAGGUGGGGAGGCACAACUGAUCUGCUUUGACUGAGCUCAGCACUUCGUCUCAUAGGAACCCUACUGCUUGGAGGACGAACAGCCACUCCCUGCAAUAAAACACUAUGCUAACUGUCUUAAACUCUCAGCAAUUCUGUGCACAUUGACUUCCUUCAUUAACAUACCACAACCACAAGGUCCUUUUAAGAAAGGAGAAGGAGAAGUUGUUCUGCACACUUGUCAUAAGUAUCAUAGAGACCCUAUUAGCAAUGCAUUGUGUCCGAUUCACAGAAAUUUAGCUCUUACAAAAAGGAGUUUCCCCAGAGAUAGUUUAUCCAACCCUGGCUUUAAUCCCAGGUCAUAUGCUCUGGCUGUGAACUCUGUGUGGCUUUAUGUCCUCUCUGUGGUUUUAAUAAUAAUACAAAAAUGACUGGAUUACUGAUCAGACAAAAUUUUGCAUCAUUCUUUUUGGUUUUAACUCUUUCAACACAGCAUACCUAUAGAGAAGUCUAUCAAAAAUAACCCUGAAAACAGCAGAUCAUAAUUGCAGUUCAAACCCGUUCCCUAUGUGUACCAUGAUUUCCUCAAUACAAGACACUGAAACUGUUUGGUUAGUUAUCUUAGUGUUGUUUUCCCUUUUAAAGUUACUUGAUGGUGAAAGCGUUAAGUAAGGGGUGGUUGGUAUAUCUUCAGAGAAUGCAUAUUUCUCAUUCUUUUUCAUACAUUGUUAGUGUCUCCUUGCAAAAUAAAAUGCAUAACAGCAGAAUAUUUGAUUUUAAAUAUUAUAAAAUCAAAUAUAAAGACGUACUCAUUCUCAGUCUUAAUAUGUUUCUAAAUGAGAAAGUGCAUGCUUCAAAUUGCUUCUAUUUAAGUGGGAGUUUUUAAGGAGUUUAACAAUGGUAAUAAAAAAAAAAUCCAAAAAGUUAAAAUGUAAGUAAAUCCUGGCAUCGGUGACAUCACAAAUUCUAAGUCUGGCAGACUUCUUACAUGGCUGUUUUGACAGUUUAUAUUUUCUCUUGUGAGUCUGCUUGUUGUAGACUCAGUAUGGAGUGUAUUGCCUACCAGCAUCCUGGCUAACCACUAACCAAGCUGAAUUACUGCUUUGAGCUUCUCUGAAAAGCAUUGCACUCCAAAAAGAUGCUGCAUUUGAUUAUUACCAACUGAUAUUAUAAAAUGUACAUAAAAAACAAACAUACAAACCUCUAUAGUAAAAUCUGUAGAUCUAAAAAUAAGGAGAUGAAGAUAUGAUUCUAAACGUAAAGAGAUUGAAUCUAUAGUGGUGGUGCUGGUACUGUGUUAUUGAACCCCUUCUUUUAAUAAUACUUAAGUCACAUUUUUUCUGCAUCUUUGUAAUGGAUCCUUUAUUUUUUUUAAGAUGUUGUAAACACUAAUUUAUCACAGUUCAUCAAAAUACAAGCAUGUUACUGUAAAGAGGGCUUUAUUUAUGUUUUUCCUUCCAGGGGAACAGUUUUAGGACGGACACUUUGUGAGGUUUGCCAGGUUCUGAUUUCUGUGCCAUGAUUGCUUCGCUCUCAUGCGAUUUAUUAAGUUGCAAUUUGAAGCUGAAUACUUUAAAACAAGGGAAUGAGUUUUAAUUUUUCAGUCUGUAAUAAUGGUAGUAUCUAAAGCAUGUCUAAUACAGAGUGCCCUUCUGUAACCUUUUUUAUGUAUUUAGUGAAAUUUCCAUACAUUUUUUUUUCAUCCUUUACUGAUCUGUCUGAUUUUUAAGAAGUACUUUUAAGAUGGUAUUUAAUAAACUCUGCUGUUUUUUCUCCAAAAA